AUGGACGCCAUCCGUCGCAUGCGUGGUCUGGUCGCUGGUGGCCCGCCGUACGCGGACGACAUACCUCGUCCGGUUCUGGAGUUCUUGACGGCCAUGGGUGGAGACGAUGAUUGUUCUGAUGAUUCUCCUGAGGAUUCGCGUCCCCGUCGUAGUGAUUAUAGUGCAAGGUACUUUCUGGAGGCCUUUGAAGCUUAUCGUUCAACUCCGCCACCCUCGGAUGCACCUGCAAGGAGGCACCUGUCGUACAGCCUCCUCCGCUUGGCCUUGUUCUCAGCGCGUGAGGCGUAUGUUCUUGACAGGCAGGACUGUCCCCACACCCAUGCUCUCGACGACGCUGCUGCCGGCCAAUUGUUCCUCGACCUGGAUGCCAAAUUUGGUGACGUGUUUGAACGUUUAUUGGAUGCAAGCAACUUGGGCGACAUUUUGGAGGAUAUCUGCCCAUCAUCCGACGACUCCCCUCCCUCUCCCGCGUGCGCGUCGCGCGAGGACCGCCCUCCCAUUCACUCUCCUGUUCGUAACAAUUCUGUCAAACCUCCUUCAUUCCACCUACCCCUUGUCCCCCCAAGACGCCCCUCGGGCCCUUUGCAGGCUUUCCGUUCCUCUGGGUGGGGUCAGAUCCCAUCCCAUUCAUCACCCCCAUCCACCCCGAGUACGCACCCCAAACUUCCUCCUGUCCAUAAAGCACAGUCUCUGUGGCACGACUAUAGCACUUCCUCUUCCGGCUUUUCCACAAAACGCGCCUAG